UAUCGUCCUUUUUAGAGUUUGUGUACCAAGAAUUUUCUAUAAUUUAGUUUUGGCACUCUUUUUAUUUCAUAACUUAUAAAUGCUUUUACAAGACCUAAUGAAAGACAGCGGCGAAGAUGCUGACGCAAUACACGUAUAUCAAGCCGCGAUGUCAGUUCGGAAAGCAAUGCGUCUUCAGAACCGACCAUGUUGCCGAAGAAAACAUCCAGCCGGAGCCAAGACUGAUGCAAGAUUACGUGUACCGUCCGUACACUCAUCGCCAAGUGCAACUGUCUAAACAGUAUGCGGCCCACGAAGUACAAACGAUGAGAAGGAUAGAGAUAAAUACGGGAGUAUAUCAUACGGAAGGUGGCUGGCCAAAGGAAGUCAAUGCUCGAGAUGCCGAAGUCGUUCAAAGGUUUCGUCGACGAGUGGAGAAGGAUGAUAAUUGGGCAAUAAACAUGAGAAGCUUGCUUUCUACAAUGGAGGACUAUGUACUUCAAAACAAUGCCAUCAAUAUCUAUCAGAAUUUCUUCGACGAUUUGAUCGUGACACCUAUGAUCAAGGACAACAAUAUCAGAGUAGUGAACUUGUACGAGGAUCCGGAGACGAAGGUGAGACCAAUCAAAGAUAUAUCGUGGUCUCCGAACUACUCUGAUCGAUUGGCCGUUGCGUACGGGUUUCCGGAAUCUGAGCAGCCUUCGGCCGACUUGAGUCCGUACUCCUACGUAUGGAACCUCGAGAAUCCCAAUAAAGCUCUCUACACGUUGAAACCACCUUUCCAUCUAACGACAAUUAAAUUCAAUCCUCGCGAUCCUGUGAUGUUAAUCAGUGGUCUAAUAUCUGGCCAAGUGUGUUACUGGGAUAUUCGAAGCAAUGAAAAACCUAUGGAAACGUCUCAUCCUUACACCAGUCACAGAUAUCCAGUGAUUCAGACUCUUUGGAUCCCUUCCAAGGUUAACACCGACUUUUUCUCUUGUUCUACCGAUGGCACAAUUUUGUGGUGGGAUGCCAGAUUUAUGAAAAAGCCAACAGAAACUUUAGUGAUGGACCUCGAACAGCCACAAAGAGCAGACAUUUACAAAGCGGUCGGUAUCACUGCUCUUCAGUUUGAACAGACGAUGAGCAGUAAAUUCCUAGCUGGUACCGAGAACGGUAUGGUUGUGAAUGUAAAUAGGAGAACCAGCAAUCUCGUGGAAAAAUUGGCGAUUAGAUUCCAAUGUUACACGGGACCGGUUAUCGCGAUCGACCGAAAUCCGAUUUAUACAAAGAAUUUCUUAACCAUUGGUAACUGGUCGGCCAAUAUAUGGGCAGACGACACGAAGGAAGGAAAUUUGCUCUGUACUAGUGACAAAUACAUCGAUCUAAGCGGUGGUUGCUGGAGUAAAGCCAGAUGCUCCGUAUUCUUCACCAUAAAUAAAGAAGGCUUACUGGAAGCGUAUGAUAUAUUGGCAGGCAUCAAGACACCAUUGACUAACAUUCACGUGUGUAACGAUAGCCUGACAGCGAUUAGCUCCCACGAAGAGGAUGCAUUUCUUGCUGUCGGAAGUAGUAACGGUAAUGUAUACCUACUGGAGUGUACGGAAGACCUUGCAACGUUCACGAAAGAAGACAAAGCCGCUUUGAGUAGCUAUCUGGAAAGGUGUAGUCGAUACGAAAAGGCGAUUGACAGUCGUUUGAAAGAAAUACGUCUGGGUCAUCGUGUCUCCAAAGGUAUCAGUAUACAAGAGUCAAAGAUGAAAAGCAAGAAGAAGGAGAAGGAUAGAAAGAAAGAAAAGACCUCCAUGGAGAAAGAGAGACUGGAAGACCGGAAGAAAUCGAAAGCCUCGAAACCGAAAGGAAAGUCUAACGUUAAGAUGACCUAUCCUGAACACAACAAAGUGCAGAUGGAAUAUUUCGACAAAAUAAAACAGAUAUCUGCGCGAUACAUGGAACUCGAUGAAGCUGACGUGCAAGCAGCGCAGGAAAUAUUAAAGGAAAGAAUAGUAACGAAAUACAUGGAAAUGGAGGUAGAAUCCGAGAAAGAAGAUGUGAAGAAACAACGAUCGAUCAAAAGGUUCAAAAGUAGAAUAAGGACUGCAAGAAGCAUACCGAAGAUCGGAGAAAAGGAAGAAGAAAAAGAUAUUGUGGACGUCGAUCUAGAUUCGAUAAGGAUAAAGGACAAAAAGCAACGAGUGAAGAAGAUCCUGAGAAAUAGUUGUGCGAAGCAAGUGUGCAAGCCGGAAAUUUGUUGCGCAGAUAUGGAAGAGAAAAGAAGAUCAAAAAGAAGGAAGAAUACGGUCGAAGUGGUAGAAGAAUCUCCCGAAAAAAGCAGAUCGUUCAUCAUAGAUAAUAAGUGGUUCAGACGAUUAACUGAUUAUAUCGUUCAAAUUCCUCAACCUUCGCGCGCGUUCAAGAGAAAAAUCUUGGCGCUGAAGAAUACUCCGCCGAACGUACUUCGAAAAGAACUGGUUGAAGCCAAGAAGGAAAUACGUGCUUGGCAGGAAACUGCAAUCGCAAGAAAGCUCGCCUCUUGGGCCGUCGAGAGGAAACUCGAGAAGGAGCCCAAGAAACUGCCCGAAAUCAAGCUGGAAACGACGGAAGAGCGACAGGAGGAAGCUGAGGAACAUUUGAUCAAAACGGACGAGUCGGUCGUGGAAUUCGGAAAAAAAAAUGACACGAAAAUUCAUCCAAAAAAGAGCUUGCGUAAAUUCAAAAAGUUGAAAUUGACGGAAGAGGAGAUCGAAAUAGAAAAAAAGGAGAAACAGAUGGAACUGUGGAACUUGCUGAAACAAAAAGUUCAGGAGUACGACGAACAGCACAGCAGGAAGGUGUUUUAUCCUCGAAUAUCCACUGCGUUCGUGAGAAUGUAUUCCGAAGAGACGCUUGACGAGGAGUCUGGGAACAGAAAAUAUUAAUCGUUUAAAAAUUUCCUUUCACGUCAUGGAAGCAUCUUGAAAACCAAGAAGAACCGGAAAAAGAUUUCUCCUCCGAAGAGCUUUGCCCGGAAAUCCAGGAGCUAACUGUUUAAUUCAUCUGUACAUCGACAAACGGUAUUGUGUCGUUAGAAUUCAAAGUGACAUCUUUGUGGAAAAGGAUCAGCCCGAAGCAUUUGUCGCUCGUGUUCGAGAUAUUCCCAGCAGGUUCGGAAAGCAGACAGGAAGGACAAACAAUCUCGUCGAAAAGUUUUAUCAUGAAAGAAAUCCAAGCUGGCUCGAUCGAAGAACUUUCCUUCUUUCUUUCAACGGAAGUUGUUUCGAUGUUAUUACGCAUUCGUUGAACGAAACCAUAGAGCAAACGAUGCGUUCAACGUUUCCAACAGAAACUUUUUUUACGCUCGCGUAGACCUGUUCCCGUCGAGAUUCAUUGGUUAUUCUUUUCGGUAACUGCAUCAAAUUCUGCUUAGAAACAGGUGGCUUCGCGCACACGUUUCACGCAGAAGUUACAGGAACGAGCGAGCAGCGAGAAAAAGGGAUAAGGCAAAAUGAAAGUUCGAUAGAGUUUGUCGUUUUUCUCGUCACUCAGGAUCUUCAAGGGCCACACAGUCAGUUUUCCAUUUAUUGCCUGAGUUUAAGAGAAUGUUCUUACAAAGUUAAGCGAACACGACGGGCUGGAAAACACGGAAGAUAAUCCAUCUGGAAUUUCAACGGAUGAAUUGACGGACUUAUGAUGUACAGUUCGAAGAAAGUUUUCAGAAUUCUCGUCUCUUUACAAAGGCGAUUCUCCUUGUUCGUUCGUUCGCUCGUUGUCCUCUUAGAACUUGGAAUUUCUCAAGAAUGCACGGGAUAUAAGGAUUUAUUAAUAACCGACAGAUCGAACGAAUAAAAACUCGGUUAGACGGCGGUACUAUGGAAAUCAGGUACAGUCUCCAACUUCUUGCAUCUAUUUCUUUGAGAAAAAGUAUAACGUUUUCUAGGAAGUAUACUUUGUUCCGCGAGAAACUUGUUUCCUUGCAAAUUUGUUACUUCCGUAAGCGCUACAUGUUGCUGUUUAAAUAUCGUAUCAUGGAAAAGUAUCUUUUUUAUUCGAAGGCACGAUCGAAUCGAAAGAAUCGGGUUUCACGAGAAAUAUUCGAAAGCAGACGCAUCACGCGAGAAAAAGCUAUGAAGAGCAAAUUUGAUUUCGGUUAGAUAGAGGAAGAUUAAAUUAGAGGGAGAAUGCACGGAAAGAGUGAUGGUCGAGAGGAGAUUUUGGAAGAGAGUCGCGCGUAUUUCGACCAGUCAUCGAAGUGAUAAUCUUCUGAUUAAUUAUGCAUGUCCAGGUUGACGGUAACGCAUCGAUAUAAAGUGGCCACGUAAUUUGCGGCUUCCGGUUGAAAGCCUAAGUGCCUGGUAGUCUGGAUAUUCUCGAAUCGUCUGUCACAGAGAAUUGGGACGCUUCGUAUUUAUUAUCGAUUAAUAAUUUUUUCUCCUCAGAGACUCGAGGACUGCGUACUUGAAAAACGAAUACAAGAGACUUCCGUGUUUUUUUUUUGAUAAAUCGGUUACGAAUUUGGAACUUUUAUUCGGCGAUCGAAAGAUCGAAUUGUUUUUUAUAAUCAAUAUAUGUACGUAUC